GCGUCGCCGUCGUCACGACCAGUUGCUCGACCGCUAGAGCUGGGGCUCUGCUCUGCUUAGUCUGCUCACUCUGCGGCUGCCUGUUCAGUUCAGUCUACGCUUGCGCAGCGUCGAGGGAGCAUCAAGAGUUCCAAGGUGCAGGCUCGUGAAGUAGCAGAGAGCAAGCAACGACGACAAAACGAGCGCAGCUCUCUCGGCCGCCAUUUUAGCUGGACGACGAGAAGCUCGUAAGAGAGAACGGAAAGUCAAUUUCUCGUGGCUUCGUCGUCGAGGGUUGAACAAGCUGGCAGAAAGUAUCUGCCAGUCUUUGCUGUUCUCUCGUCGGAUAUCUAUUGGAUCGUGUUUUUUAUACGUGCCCUGUGUUCGUGCGAGAGAGUAUCGAGGAAACCACAGUCGUGCGCUUGGGUUUCUCCCAGAGACGAGGCACGCACGACACAGCUGCUUUGCGGAAAGGCAGAGCCAUUUCUCAUCAUGCUAUUGAGGUCUACGCUGCUGAGCUGAUGAAGAAUAGAAUUAAAAACAAAUCGUUAGAUUAUAUAGAGGAAGGAGAGAAUUGUGCAAACAUGGCCGGAGGCAACAGUAUAAAAGAACACAAGUCUGAUGAGAUUGUCAAGGAGUACAACUCAUCCCUGAUGGAUCUCACUAUUAACAGUAAACCUCUGAUUAAUAUGCUUACGCUUUUAGCAGAGGAUUAUAUUGACCAUGCCAACGCCAUAGUAGAAGCCAUUGAAGCCCACCUGCAGAAGGUGAGCAGCGAGAUCAAACUACCAGUACUCUACCUCAUUGAUUCAAUUGUGAAAAAUGUUAACCGGGCCUAUCUAGGCCUCUUCACAAAAAAUAUAGUGAAUACCUUCUGCAGUGUUUUUGAAAAGGUGGAUGAGAACACAAGAGCCAGCAUGUGGAAGCUACGUCAAACAUGGAGUGAGGUCUUCCCACCUAAAAAGUUGUUUGCGCUGGACGUGAAGGUUCACAAUAUUGAUCCAGCCUGGCCCAUUGCACCAUUACCUGCCAACAACGUGUCUGCAGCAAAAUCUAUUCAUGUAAAUCCCAAAUUUCUUACUACGCAACAACACCAAGAGCGCGCUGCAAAAACAGUUUCAAUACCACCAUGCAGCACGAAAAUUUCAGCUGUUCCGUCGGUCAAGUCCGUCUCGACGUCUGAGGCGGAGAUGCGGGAGAAACUGUUGCAGAAGCAGAAAGAGUUGAUCGAGUUACAAAAAAAGAAAGUUGAGCUUGAGCUACUGCAGGCCAAGGCUAGUCUCGAGCAACAGCGACAACAACUCGAUAAACAGAGCGUGCAAUUGCCAACUUUACCCGAUGGUGCCUUAGAAAAGUCAGUUGCAGCCAUUUCCGCGCCUAGUCAAGUAUUGAAGCCGAUAGAGAAACAGUUACCCGCUGCAGCCGCCAGCCUUCUCAAAAUCGACUCGAAUAAAAGUAGCGUCAAGAUAGCGCCGGCGAGCAGUGUAGCCGUUGCUUCAGCGAAGUCUGUUGCUUCUCGCGAUCCUCGCCUGAAGAUGGUUGCCUCUUCUGCGACAAAUAGCAGCCUCAGCCCCGAGGAACUCGCCAAGCAGCAACAACUUAUGCAUCAACUGCAGCUUCACAUUCAAUCUAAACUGAGUGGCGAGCAAAAACAAAGUUCCUUGUUAAACAAUCCGGUGAUAAAGACGUCGAGCGAUUCCGAACUCCACAACAAUAAAAGUCUCGACAAUAAAAGAGCAAAAGAUAGUUCCCAAAAGAAAGAACCCACCACCACAAAUAUCACAACCUCUCAUCGUAGUAAUAGCAUUAAAGACCAAUCGAAGAGCUCUUCAUCAAAGAGUUCUUCGUCGCGUGGUAGUAGUUCCUCCUCAUCCUCGAAAACCUCGUCCUCUUCUUCUUCCUCGAGAAAACCCGGUAGCAAGUCUCGUUCGAAGUCGUCGUCAUCUUCCUCGGCAUCGCCCAACAAAGUACCUAAGCUUGAGGAGAAUUCGUCCCUUUCACCGGACAAACGCUCGUCCUCUUCCUCUUCUACCUCUUCGAAAAAGUCCAAGUCCCGCAAGACCCAUAGCCCCAGCCCAGUUUCUUCCUCGACGACGACGACGAGCAACGGCUCUAGUAGCCAAACGUCUUAUCGCAUACCGAGGCGGGCUAUCGCUCAAGAGGUGACGUCAAGCCAAGUACAAACACUGGCUAUUAACUGUAAUAACAAAUCUGCAACAUCUUCGGGUUUGGACGAAGAGGAAAAAUCAGGAGGAUCAUUAAUCGUAUCGCUUGCGCAUCUGCCUGCGACAGCGGCGCCCACAAGCUUCAAGGAGAUCAGAGCUAACACGAGAAUGAGGAAUUACGUGAGGAGAAACAAGGAAGGCAGCCGCAGCCCCGAAGUCAUCAAUCAUGCGAAAAAGGAUGUCGUCAUGCCAGAUGCCAGUAAAGAUGAAGAUUUGAGAUCACCAAUUGUUAACGUUAACGUCGUCGCAGCUGGCCCAGCCGCUGCUCUUGAUACGAAAGAAGAUUUAGAUUUGCGAGUUCUUGCUGUUCCUAAUAAAAGACAGUCAUCCGAGAUCCUAGAAUCGGCGAAUCCAAAGAAGACGAAGGCUGAAAAGUUUGAUGCAAAAAAUCGUCAACUUCACAGGCUGUUUGGUAACGAGGAUGUAGAUCUGCGCACUUUAACAAACCCGAAAGCCGGUCGUCCACCUACUCCUCCCCCUCCGGUCAUUUCUCACGAGAAAAGCAAGGACAGCUGGGCAAAACUGAAGACCCCUAUGAAAUCUGAUCGAGACCCACCUAAGCCUUUGUCUGACAAUCGCAAUCGCGAUCGUUUGGGCCGACCGCGUUUCUUCAACAAAAUCGGCAGCUCGCCCGAGGACCAAAAAGACGGACGUCGCAUCCGAGGCUUGCCAAUGGGCCGCGGCGACCUCGACAAGCACAUCGAGCGCAAUGCCGACAGAAACAUAGAAAUCAUCAUGAAGCAAGCGGCCGAGCAGUUGAAUCAAGGUCAGAUCACAAAGUCCCAGUACAACAAGCUCAUCCAGGACGUGUUGCACAUGAGCGAGGACGAGAAGCUCAAGGCAGCUCAACGCAAGGAGCAGGAGAUUGGCAUGCUCGUUUGGGAGAAGGACGGACCAGGCGGAGCACAGAACUUCGGCAACGACGAGAACAUUCGUAAAGACCAUUCGGGAAUACAUCCAAGAAUAUCAGGACCAGGCGGUGCUAGGUGGCAAAAUCCUUGGCACCAGCCUUGGUCUCACGGACCACCAUUCCCUGGUGGUCCCCAUGGAUUCCCCAGUGGACCCGAUGGUUUUAGGCCCAUGGGACCUUGGCAGAACCAUCCGAGGAUGUUCGGCGGACCCAUGAGGCCCGAUUUCCACCCAGCCUUCCACCCUGGAGGUUACAACCCGAGAAUGGGCCCACCACCGAUGGGACCCAACGGACCUAUGAUGAUGUCCAACGGUCCAAUGAAUCAGAUAGGACCUAUGAACUCUAUGGGUGCCAGUAUGAUGAUGGGCAACGGGCCUGUGAGACCUGAUCAUGCGGCGAAACGGAACUCGCCGAACCUAACUGGUGCUGCUGCAACGAAUAGCGGUAGUGUCAACUCGUCGAACGUGACCACUGCUAGUGCUACAUUAGAGACUGAUAAAGGCGCUUUAAGCGCGAUGAAAAACAGUGGUGAAUUGCCCCCCGCUGACCCUCAAGUUCUUGAGGAAAUUGCGAAGGAUACAAUGAAAUCGAUCAACAUAGAUGGUGUAUCUAGAGAAAUUAGGUACUACGGAAACCUUGGUGUUGUAUUCCUAAGUUGGGAUAACCCGCGAGACAUCGGUUUCCAAGACGGAACCAGACGAAUCAUAAUUGAUGGAAAGGACUCAAUUAUAUGCAGUUUUAAUGAAGAUUACAAAGAAUUCACGUACGAAGGAGAAAUUCACAGAAUUAAACUUGGCACUCCAACAAGGGAACUGUACGUGGAUGACAAGUGGUACGAAUGCUACUUUGGCGGACGUCCGAUUAUGGUUGACCUCGGUAACAAACAAGUCAGUAUGAAGUUAGAAGGACCUCCUCCGCAAGUGAAAAUCGGUAAUACGAAGCGCACAGAUCUUGUCGUAGGAAAAAUCAAUCUUAUAAUCAACGCAAGAAACAUGGUUCCAGUCUUCCUUGAUUCCAAACCUCAAAUGUUCGAGAUCGAAGAUAGGAAAUUCACUCUAGAAUUUAUUGACGCUCUUCAAACUGUCUUGCUAAAUGGUCGUCCAUUUAAAGUAGAGUUUGGCGGAUUACCUAAACCGAUUCUCGUUGGCGAGAAAAAGCAUUUUAUUCGAUUCUCUGUAUUACCACGUGGUUUUACGGCCGGUUACGUUAAAAUCACUGGUAUGAAGGGUGAACCUGCAAAAGAAUCUGCGGCCGAACUAGCCAAACAACGAGCAGCCAACAAGACCAUGGAGGAAACAACCACGUCGAUUCCCGCUAAAGCACCAUCAGUGACGAAUUUGGCCCAGUCCAUGGACAUGGACACAACGUCGCAGGAUGGUAUGGAUACCACAUCUGGUUCCAAAUCAUCAGGUUUGCAAUUGGAUGUACUGUCAUCGGUUGUGCCUUCAGCUAUGGCUCCGUCCUCUGGAUUAUCGUACCAAGCUGAGCCCGUUGAAAACCUGCCAGUGGUGGCACCGCUUCUGGCUACGUCGGUUGAUCUUAACACGCUGUUUCAGAGAUUAGUGGAAACGGGUAUAGUUCCAAACCUCACUGAAACGAAAAAACCCGAGGAAGAAGAAAAGAAAGAGCCGGAGAUCAUUUCAGCGACAUUCGAUAAACCAGAGACACUAAGAGCAAAAAAUGCGGGCGUAAUCGCUGCGCUUUAUAGUGGUAUACAAUGCAGCUCGUGCGGUGCGAGGUUUGCUACAGAAAUGGCUGCUCGUUAUAGUCACCAUUUAGAUUGGCACUUUAGGCAGAAUCGCAAGGAAAAAGAUUCGACAAGAAAAGCACAUUCUAGGUCGUGGUAUUACGAUCAAAGCGACUGGAUUCAGUUCGAGGAAAUUGAGGAUCUUGAAGAUAGAGCGCAAAGUUGGUUUGAAACCGAAAAGCAAACAGCAGAAACCGAUGGCGCUGCUACCGAAGACAAUGCCGCAGACGCGCAACAACCUAGUGUUCCGACGGCCUCUGACGAUGAUGGUUUCUGCCAAGUAUGUCACGAGGCAUUCGAGCAGUUCUAUAAUGAGGAGAAAGAAGAAUGGCACCUCAGGCCGGCUGUUUCUUUCGAGGAAAAGAACUACCAUCCACUCUGUCUCGAAGAUCAUAAGGAGAAAUUACUUGUGAGAGCGUUGGAAAAGUCAGCUUUGGAGCUAGAGGAAAGCAUAACUGAAAUGGAAGAAGAGGUUGAAGGAGAUAACGAAGAGAACGAUGACGAAAAAAAGGAGGAUUUGAAGGAUAUGGAAAUCUAUAUAAAGGAAGAAAAAGAAGAUGAAGACCAAAUUGAAGAUCAAGAUGAAGAUAUGAAGGACGAAAAUAACGAAGAUGAGAAACCAAUUAUUAAAACAGAAAAAGAUGAUGAUGAAGAAAAAUCAUCAGAACCAGACAAUGAAGAAGAGAAGCAACAAGACAUGGAUGUAGAUGAUUCAGAGCCCAUAGAAAUUAUAGAACCACUGCCAAGAAAAAUAGAGCUAGAAGAAAUUGACGAUUCUUCUGAUGAGGAGAAUGAAGAUGGCACAAAGAAAGAACGUCCCAAGAUCACAUCUGCUGAAAAAUCCGAAGAAAAAAUCCCGGAUGAUGUGCCCCUGAUUUUCGAAAACGUCAAAGUCAAAGAAGAACCGAUUGAUGAUGAUAUGCCAGAAGCCGAAGAAAGCACCAUUGCUGAAGCUGCAGCAGUAGACACAACGCAGGUUGCAGUGAAGAGUUCAAUUGACGGCAAUGUAGAGUUGGAUUCAGCAACACCAACAAUACCUACUGCGCCUUCCAAAAUUAAGCUCAAUAUUACCAAGACUUUGGUAGCUCCGAAAGAAACGGACGAAUCGAAGAAAGAGGAAAAGAAACCAGCCGAGAGUCCCGCAGAAGCUGCACCAGCAAAGCCUCUGAUACCCGCGGCGAUCAAGCCUUCGUUACAAGGCAAGAAACUGUCGAUACUUCCUACGGUAGAAAAAGGUCACGAACUCUCAGGGCUCUGCUCGAUUAUGUAAAUUACAUACUUAGACUAAGAUAAUCUGCGUGACUGCAUUGUAAAUAGAAUCAUUCCCCAAUUGGAGCGGCAAGUGAUGUAAUGGCCACGUUUUUUGUACAAUUCUGCGAGCGAAACUCACGAAGGUAUUCUUGUUUUUUAUUUUCUUUCCGUGAGCUGUACGAGAGCACGAGAUCAUUGUUUUUUAAAUGCUUGUACAUACGAUUUUAAAGCGUCGAACUACGAAUUUUGUAAAUAGUUAUUUAUAAGAUUAAUUGAUGAACGUGCUGACUGGGAUAGUUAUUGCAUAAUAAGCGAAUCAGGAAAAUAAGAGCAUUAUUUUUCUUGUACAAAAGGAAAGGAUGAGAGUAUCGUUGACGAUUUAUAGUGUAAUUAAUCACGUUUACGAUUUUUUUUUGCAAGUGGCAUAGUUAAAUUCUUUUGUCAUAUUGACCAUCUCAUAUAGAUUAUUUCUUGUGCACCGAUGCUCAUUCAAUUGCAAACGUUUAUCGGUGUUUCUACUUUUUUAAGUUUUGAAUUUAAUUGCGAGAUGACUAAAAGUAUUGCCGUUGCCGGUUUUUAGUUUAUAAUAUUCGAAGAAACAGCUGUUUUAAGAAUUUUUUUCUUCCGUUUUGGAAGUUAAAGAUUAUUGGUGAAUAUGUUUCAAAUUAUUUGAAUUUUAGACUCAAAUAAAAAAAAAAAUUAAUUAUU